AAAACUUUCACAUGGGUCGGGUCCUUCAAGUGCACUCUAUCAAGAUGGCAGCCAACAGCAGCACGUUCAGCAAAUCGAGCAGCAGCGCGGCUGGAAAACAGCCCGCGCAGUCAGCCGAACAGGUGGUUGCCACCUUUCAGAGGAUGCGUCAGGAACAACGCAGCAUGGCGUCUAAAGCUGCAGAGCUGGAGAUGGACAUCAAUGAGCACAGUUUAGUUAUUGAAACUCUUAAGGAAGUGGACCCUUCUAGGAAAUGCUAUCGCCUGGUUGGAGGGGUUUUGGUAGAGAGGACGGUGAAAGAAGUUCUACCUGCUUUGGAAAACAACAAAGAACAGAUCUCCAAAGCAACUGAAUCCAUCAAUAUACAGAUGCAGGCAAAAGGCCGAGAACUGACAGAGUACAGGGAACGCUACAACAUCCGGCUGGUUGGAGAAGGAGAGGGAGAGGGAGAAGGAGAGGGUCAGGGCCAGUCAGGAGCAUCCUCUAGAGACAGUGAAAGAGGAGGAUCCAAAAGUGGAGCUGGAGUUCUGGUGUCAUAGUCUGUAAUGAUGAACAAUGUCAAUAGGGUCAUUUGAUUUUUACAUCACUGAAAAACUUAGUUUGAAGAAGGAUUGGCUGGAAUGUCAAAUUGUUCUUCCUCUGUAUGUCCAUUUGUGAAUGCUAACAUGUGUCAUCUGAGGUUAUUAUGCAUUUGCCUUUUCUCUUUUUGAUGGCAAAAAUACCGUCUUAAAUUUCCUUAUUAAAUUUCAACGGCUGAAAACUUGCUUUACGGUGUUGCUUUGGAAGACUACAAACUAGGGGUGUAAUGAUUUUAACAACGAUCCGAUUCAUAUCAUAAUUUGUGGUUGAUGAUGCAAUUUAUAGUCGACAUUGGUUCAUUUUGAACAUUCCAAUACAUUGACCUAAAAUUGAUCCAGAACAUCUUUAGCCAAAAAUUCAACCAGAGUGACUCAGGAAUAAAUACCUGGGUGCUAAACAGUGCAGGUAAUGUUUUCCCAAUUCUUUGUCUUUCUUGCAAGAAAAUCAAGUGUACAUUAAAUAUUUGAACAAACAAAGAAGUAUAUAAGAAUAAAUGGAAAAAUCCAUUCAUAUUUUAGCUUCAUAAAGUUCAGCCCACUCUUGUUUUCCCAUCAACAUAAUACAAACAAAACAUUAUUAGAACAUUCUACCACACUGUAUGGUCAAGUUAUUGCUAAACUCAAAGGGUUUCCACCCAUUGGACUGGAAUGAUGGACUGAUCUUUUUUUGCUGCCAUCAGAUGUGUGUUGUUUGCAGUGAAAGCACUUGGUUGAUUUAAGGUUAUAGUAAAAUAAACCUACCAUACCUGAAUCCAAAUGGUAUUUUCCAAGAUUGAAUAUAAUCAAUUUAUUUAAUUUUUGACAGAUUAUAUAAUGGUAUAGGUAAAUUAAACUCUAUUUACAACAUACCUCAGAUCGAUCUGAUUGGAAUGUAGUAAUACAAAUCGAUUUAUUGAUUAAGUCGAUUCAUUGUUACACCUCUAUUACAAAUUUUUUUUGCAUGUAUAAUUUUUCAGCUGUUAUAAAUAUCAGUUAUUUUGAGGUGGAUAAAAUGUAUUUCCUUCUAAAGGGGAAACAAUAAAAUUCAAACAAAUUUAAAGGCAUCUUGAAUGAUCAAUGCAGGACAUGACCUCAUUACUUCAGAAAUGUUACUUUUUCAUGAGCAGAACCGUUUGUUGGAAUUAGCAGACCAUCACUACUGAAAUCUGGCUGAGAUUUUUUUUAUAUGUCCCCUUUCUAAUAUCGUUUGAAAUCUUCCAUUGUUUUUGUACAGUAAAAUAAAUUGAUUUACUACAUCAAAA